UCACAGGGUCCCAAGCCCCCACGUUGUAAUUUUCCAAACAACAACUUGAUGGAAUCGGUGCGAGAGGCCUGGAGUUGUCCGGCAGCCAGCCAAACUGCUGUCACAGCCAGGCCGCCCCCCAACACAAGAGGAACGUCUGACUCUCAGUCCCGUUACCAUGGGGAUGGGGUUCGUUACAGGGCCAAGCUGAUAGGCAUGGACACGGUCCCUGGUGCACAAGGACAGAAAAUGUGCUUGGACUGCAUGAUGAAACUGAAGGGCUUUGAGGCUGCAGCAAGGAAACAAGGGAAACACAAGCUGAGAAUAUGGCUGAAAAUUUGCUCCAGUGGUUUGAAAAUUGUGGAUGAGAGGAGUGGGAUUGUUCUUCACGACCAUGACAGGAGCAAAAUUAGCUCUUUGACUAAAGACGCGUCUGACCCCAGAGCUUUGGCCUACAUCUACCAACAUGAAGAAGCAUACAUCCUCUUCUACAUCAAGACGGCCAAUCAGGCGGAUCCGGUUCUUCUUGACAUCAAGGAGGUUUGCCAGAAAGUCGAGCAAGAGACCCCAAAGACCCUUGCAGAGACACAAACUGUCCCUUUAGUUCAUCUAAAUCACAGUUCACCCCCUCCAGCUAUGGGAGAAGCCCUGAAUGAUGUCUUCAGCCCACGACCCAGCACCUUCUCCGAACAAUCAAACCAGUGUUCUAGCAAUGAACUGAUGGAGGUGUUUUCCAGCCGUUUAGAGGACCCUCUGUCGUCCACACAAAACGCAGUCACCAGUCCAUCAGAGUCUCCCCUGCAAAUGUUCUCCACAGCUCAGAUUCUCUCCAUGUUCCCCGCUCAGCCAGUGGGAGGCGCUCCAUACUUCCCUACACCACACUGUCCCUCCACAGUGCCCUGGGGUCAGCAGGGGCCUUGGGGGAAUCAGUGGGGGGGUGAAACGCCCACCAUGGCUGGCAACACGCCCGUGUGGGCUCAGACAACCAUCCCAGCAACCCCAGUAGGAGUUCAACCUCAGGCUCACGCCACUGAGAACCCUCCACUGGGAUUCGUGGUGGGGGGCAGCACAGUGGGAUGUCCUGCUAUGCCUCCAUCUUUUCAUGGAUACACCAUUCCUUUAAAUUCUGCCCACACCUCCAUGGGAGCAACGGGAGAGUUGGAUAACUCUCUCCUGUAAUGAGUUGGUGAUCAUCUAAAAACGGAUCUGUUUGUGUCAAACUCUGCACUCAACAAUUCUGCUUUUCUGCUCUAAACAUGAUAUGAAUUCAGAUAUGAAUAAUUUGGAUGAUUCUGGAACCUGUGAUGGAUUUUACAUAUAAAGUAUAACAAUGUUUUACUGUACACAGCUUUUAGUGAGACUUCUUAUAAAACAUAUUAUUUGGCUUAAACCAGCUUCUAUCUUUUCUACUCUUUUCAAAAGU